AUGACAAUAUCAAUUUUGGAUUUACCCGAUGAUGUUUUAGUCGAUUUUUUUUGUCGAUAUGUAUCUGAUAAAGAUUUAUGUCGAUUGGAACAAGUCUGUCGAAGAUUUCAUAGUAUACUUUAUAAUUAUUCUUUACCAUGGAAAAAAGCACUUGCUAGACUAACAAAUGUAUCAUAUUCACUAUUAAAAAAUGAAGCUGGAUGCAACGUUCGUCAUGAUUCAACCAUCUUAUCACAUCCAUUCCAUCUUCCAGCUGAUUAUCACUAUGAAAUUCUAUUUGAUCGUUCAAAUGAUUUUCCUCGUUUACUUUCAAAUGAUUAUCGGUCACCAUUGAAAGAUUUAAAUCUUUGUUCAAAAUUCGAUUGUGAUAUAAAUCGUACUAUUAAUAAUUAUCAUUAUCUAAUAUCAUUAGCAUAUAAUUGGAAUAAACAAAAUAAAUAUAUAAAUAAUACAUUAAUAAAGUUUGUUCGUCGUGCUCAAACGUCCAUACUUCAAUAUGAUGAACAUAAUCAACAACUUUGGUUUACACAUGAUUGUACAUUACGUUGUUUAAAUUUACAUACAAAUCAUAUUGAUUAUUCUUGUGAAUUUAAUCAUGAUGAUAUACUUUGUUAUAAAAUUUAUAAUGAUCAUUUAAUUUGUUUAGCUAAUGGAAAUCUAUUAAGAAUUAUAUGUCGACAAACAAAUGACAUUUAUUCAUGUUAUAAUGAUCAAAAUUUACAACAAGUAUUACCCAGUGAACGUAAUGAUAUACUUUCAUUAGAUAUUUAUUCAAAUGAUAAAGAAAGAUAUUUAAUAUUAAAUGGUUCACGUGAUCAUACAGUUUCGAUGAGAACAUUUGAUAUGUCAACACAAAUUAAUCAACUGAUAUGGCGUACACGAGUUGAUGAUCGUGUUUUAUGUAGUCGUUUUACGAGUGAUGGAAAGUAUUUUCUUAUUGGUACCGGUGGUACAUCAAGUCUUUAUCCAUUAGUAUUAUUUAAUACAGAAAAAGCUCAACCAAUACAUCUUUACAAUGCUAAAUAUCGUCUUGGUGCUGGUGUUCGUUGUAUUGAAUGGGCAUCAUCAAAUGUAUUUAUUGCAGCUGGUUUUGACAACCAAUUUAAAGAAUUUGAUAUACGUACAGGACAAUGUCAUUAUACAUUUAAUGAUGAUUUUGGUAAUGAUUAUUGUUCAUUAGCUGUAUCAGUUGAUAAUAAUUAUGUUUCAAAUGGAAUAAUUCUUGGUGGUAAUCAUCAUUCAACAGUACGUCUUGUUAAUCGAAAACAACGUCAAUUACAAAACGUUUACUUUGUCUCAAAACAAUCUAGUCCGGUACAUAGUUUAGCUGUUACAUCUGAAUAUUUAUUUGCAUCUGUUGAUCGAUCAAUUGUUGCAUUAGAUUUUACAGGAUGUAAUAGACAACUUCAAGAAAUUCAUCACAAAUUUUGA